AUGAGAGUUUCGAGAUAUUCAAACGUUACUUCAAAAGCAACCAGGCCGCUAACCGCCCGAUCCAAGGGCGCAAUUUUCAAUGCGAGAUUUCUAAAUACCACACCCCGCCCAACUGCGACUGGAGUUUCUCAUGAGAAGAAAAAGGGGGGUGCUGUGAACCAAUACAUACCCCCUCAAACAGGACUCGUCGCCGUCUUACCCCGGUCGUGGUUACCAUACACCGAGUUAAUACGCCUUGACAAGCCUGCAGGAACAUAUUAUUUAUUUUUCCCUUGCGCGUUCUCCACCUUGCUUGCAGCAACGAUGACACCUGCGAUUUCAACGCUUCAAGUGCUUGGGACUACAGGGCUUUUUUUUUGUGGUGCUUUGAUAAUGCGGGGGGCAGGAUGUGCAAUCAACGAUUUAUGGGAUAGGAAUCUGGAUCCGCAUGUUGAACGCACAAAGUUUCGACCCAUUGCAAGAGGUGCAAUAUCCCCGGAAAAGGCCGUUAUUUUCACCGGCACUCAACUUCUAGCGGGAUUGGGAAUUUUGCUUCAAUUUCCCUCCCAGUGCCUUUGGUAUGGCAUCCCCAGUCUGCUGCUAGUAGGGUCUUAUCCCCUUGCCAAGCGUGUAACAUAUUAUCCCCAAGCUGUCCUAGGAUUAACAUUUUCUUGGGGAGCUAUAAUGGGAUUUCCCGCUUUGGGCAUCGAUCUUGUGGCACACCCAAAUGCCUUGAUGGCCACUGCUGCUCUUUAUUCUAGCUGUGUCUCCUGGACUGUUUUAUACGAUAUGAUAUAUGCGCACAUGGACAUCAAAGACGACAUAACUGCCGGGAUCAAGUCAAUUGCUCUUCGUCACGAACACAACACAAAAACGGUUCUCUCCGGGUUAGCGGUUGUUCAGGUGGCUUUUCUUGCCGCUGCAGGAUUGGCAGCUGGUGCCGGUCCAAUUUUCUUUGUCGGCAGUUGCGGUAGUGCCGCCUUCACACUAGGAAUCAUGAUUCGAAGAGUCAACCUGAAAAGUACCCAAAGUUGCUGGUGGUGGUUUAAGAACGGUUGUUUAUUAACUGGCGGGGGCAUCUCCAUGGGUAUGCUUUUCGAAUACCUCGCCCACGUAUAUGAAGUUUAUGGUACAGACAGACGACAAAAAAGUGAGUCAUAA